UCGAAACACUUAUUGUCGAAAUGGGAUCUUCCCGGAAACCGACGUCUAAGCCAACGACCCCUCCACCCCGGCCACGUCGAGGCACAGGCGGCCGCGUCAAGAAGUCUAGUCGAGGUUCGAUCGAGACUCCAAAGACGACUGUAUACUCUCAUCACUUGCCAUCUAGAGAGCAGAAGAAAGGAAAUGGCAGAAUGGUGGGACGUAAUCUGAUCAUCUGGAGCCGUACGUACCCUGUGCUGUGACUGAACAGAAGACUAACACACCUCACAGGUCCCAGAAUGGCAGAUAAGCUGUUGCAGCACAUCAUGUACGAGUGUGCCAGACACAAGAUCAAUAUCCCCUGGGAUGCUAUUGCCCAUCGCUUCCAUCCUGGCUCCUCGGGAACUGCUAUUGUGCAGCAUCUGAACCGUACCCGCAGGGAGUUGAUUGCAGAGGGUCAUCUAGUUCCUCCCAUGACGCAUGGUGCUGAAGCAACCCAAGACCUCAACAUUCGAGGGUUCAUUCGAAGAGACACCAGCGGUAGUGAUAGUGAGACCACACGUCCCGUUGAGUUUGGAGAAAAGGUCGAGGAUCUGCGUGUCAGUUUGCCCACCGGUUUCGGCAGUGAUGAAGAUGCAGAAGCAUCAACGCAGCCGACUACUCCUGAGAAAACAGAACGGUUUGAAGGUGAACCUUGCCGAAAUAUGUGGUCUUAUUCCUCCAUGGGUAUGAACUACUGCGCUACUCCAGAAGAACAGCGUAUGGCACUACAUCAAUCAUUCAACUCAGCCGAUAUGGAAUCACCGUCCAUGGAUUCAUAUCUUACUAGUCCAUCGAUGAUGAGACAACUCCAACUACACGGUCAACGACAUGUUGCACCUCGGUCAGUCCCUGGCUACAUCGGUUUUCAAGAUGCUGCCGCCUCAUUUUCCCCCUCCCACGCCUUCCUACAGGAUCAGUUUGCGGGCAGCAACGAUCCUUUUUUCAGCUUUCAAGUGGAAGAGUGCAGUCCCACUGACACGAGUGACGGCGUGGAAAACUCGGUUGCCAACCACGGCGAGCUACUAACAGUGCAUGCUGUGGCUACUGACAGCAGCAGUGGCUCGCCUCCCAACAUCAAGGGAGAGUCAUCUCCCGAGAUGGGCAAGGUGGCAAUCGACGAAACCACGCCAGCAAUGGCCGAUUUCUUGAACGAAUCCUCCUUGUUGUUCUUUUGAGGUGGACAAGUGCUCAGUGGUUUCUGUUUGUAUAAAAAAGCUUAUUUGCUAGUUAAAUUUGCUUCGCUUUUGGUCAGUGGAAUGGAGUUAUAGGAAGAGUAAGCCCGAGGGUUAGUUUUUUUUAAGUUGUACAAAUAAAUUUGCUUUCUGUAUUUCUCCAUGUCUCAUCAUCAAAGUGAGCGCUAAACCGUGGUCCGGCCUGCGAAAUGCAGUGUUCUGUUAGUUUCAGCAGGGUGGAAGGCAGCUUUGUCAGUAGUCAUUGGUCAUAGCAGCAUCGAGUUAGUUUUGAAAUUAUUUACCCUCUCAGAUCAGUCAUCCCCGUGUACCGAGAUGACUGCGAAUCCUCCUUGUGAGGUAACACCAAGCCAGUUGUCGACUCGCACAGCCCAACUUUGUUGUGGUUCGCACCGACGCUGAAGAGUAGAACACGACCAAUAAGCCAAUAUAAAUAUCUCAGAAAAUACCGCGAAUCGAAAGAACAUCCUAGAGCCUAGAUCCUUUUUUUAAUAUCAGCACAGUCAAGAAUGUGGCUCGGAGAACAUUGAUUUCUUAAGCCUUAGUCAGCAGCUGUAAACGCCU